CCAUAGAAUCACAGCGCUACACUGGUGCAGACACCAAAUGCUUUAGCUGUUUAAUAAGAUCAUUAAUUUGCUUUGUAAAUUAAACGUCAAAAAUAAGCAGCAACUCUGUAUGAUUUAAUCAGUACAGAGUGAAGGAUCGCAGAGAUGGCGGAUCCGGCUGUGGCGGGCGGCGGGUCUUUAAACAUCGGAAUGCGGUCAAGCGGUAACAAGCCCACAACGAGUCCGGCGGAGAACUACCAGCUGGCCCGCCGGCGCACCCUGCAGGUGGUGGUCAGCUCCCUGCUCACCGAGUGCGGCUUCGACAGCGCAGAGAAAGCGGCCGUGGAGACUUUAACAGAAAUGAUGCAGAGCUAUAUCACUGAGGUUGGACGUUGUGCAAAGGCAACUUGUGAGCAUACAGCCAGAAGCAGUCCUACCCUCUCUGACGUGGUUAUUACAUUGGUGGAAAUAGGAUUUAAUGUAGACUCGCUGCCCUUGUACGCCAAAAGAUCACAGAGGAUGGUCAUAACGGCACCACCAGUGACAAAUUCUCCAGUGAUUCCUAAGGCUCUUGUUGCUGGACAGAAGCGGACUCAUCCUACUUACAUCCCUAGCCAUUUCCCAGAAUUCCCAGACCCUCAUACGUACAUUAAGACCCCGACAUUUCGGGAGCCUGUAUCAGACUACCAGGUGCUGAGGGAGAAGGCAGCCUCCCAGAGACGAGAUGUCGAGAGGGCACUCACACGUUUCAUGGCAAAGACUGGAGAGACACAAAGCCUCUUUAAAGAUGACCUCACUGCUUUUCCAUUGAUUGCAGCAAAGCCCAGUUCUAUCCCAUACCUGAGUGCUCUACUGCCCUCUGAGCUGGAGCUGCAGUCCCUGGAGGAAACGGACUCAUCUGAGCAGGACGACCAGACAGACAGCGAAAACAAUGUCAAUAACAACAUUAGCGAGGACACAGGAGCAGAUAAGGAGAAUGCUGUUCUGCCACCUGGUGGCGGUGUGCCUUCUGCGAAGAAUAACGAGGAAAACAUGAUUGAUAACCCCUACCUUCGACCAGUCAAGAAACCAAAAGUAAGGCGGAAAAAAUGAACAACAAAAACAUGGACCUUAGUGUAUUUACAGAAAAACUUUUAGAAUGCAGAUCCUAUUGUGCUCACGGUGUGCCUCUGAAUAGAAGGAAAUGCAUCUAUUAUUGCAAUUAGGAACAGUCAACAGAUUUAAUUGGCGAGAUGGUGUUACAGAGGCUGAUCAGCUCAACAGCAGUGUGUUGAGUGGGUGGUGUUUGUAGACUGUUUGACUGUUACAUCUGUCAAAUAUAUAUCAUUAUAAGUUUGGAUUCUGCUUGAAUU